UGAUGACUUCAGCCUCACUUGACCACGUAUCUCUGCACAUAUCUCCCCAUGCCCAGCACAGAACUCCCCUGGGUCCUCGCUAACCCUAUACUGAUCCAUACCCCCGCCGUUGCCGCCGUGGGCGCCGCUAGCUGUGACUCUCUCAGGAUCUGGCGCGCUGUCUCAGCAUUGCCUCGAGAUGCCACAACAGGAGACACACUGACUCACUCUCCUCCCACCUCCCCCUCUCCCUCAGUUUUUCGUCAAUGGCGCGCUCAUUCUCUCCGCACAAAGGCCAGGAAAGUUCUUACCUUCAUCUUCGCUCUGGCCAUCUUCCUUGCUAUCGAGUUUGUAAUCGUUGUUCUCGUUCCCAAGAUCAGCUCCCGAAUGAUCAGAGACGGCUUCUUCGCCUCAGUUUGGAUUUUCAUCUACACACGCGCGGUCAAAGGUAUACUCAGCCUGGUGAAACCUUUGCCAUCGCAGGUACACUACGAGAGCAAAACACCUGAUGCUCCAGUCCGCCUCGUCAUCUCACCAGUAGAAAACACCAAUGAUGGGCUCUGGCCGAACGUGCUUCACCAUGGCCUUCCCAUCGCUGGCUCUAUCGGCAUAGUUGCUCUUGUAGCUUAUGGUCAUACGGCCCAUCUACCAUUGGUAGGAGCUGUCUUGAUCUGGACCUACUUUUCCAACAUUCGGAUAAAUCGCUUAAAGAUGGGAUCUAUCAUCCUUAUUAUGCUUGGUGUGCUGUCGGUAUCUUGCAUUGUGGUAGGCGGCGUUUUUGCUGUUCUCUGGGGUCUCGGCACAUGGAACGAUGAGCCGAACAAAAAGCCGCCCUUGGAGGAUUCCGAUCUUAGUGAUUGGGUAACGAAUCUCACUGCUUUCUUCCAGUGCCUAAUUUCCUUGACUUACCCAGGUCUCAUAAUCACCAUGACUUACCGAUUUGAGUACUCUCAACUCGCCAACCAACUCACAUUGGCAGAAGACGAUCAAGACAAAGAGGAUUCGUUUUCAGGUGUGACUAGCGUUGCACCAGUGUGCAUCCCUGUCGACUACCCGUCCUUCCCUUGCCCAAUCACCAUCACUUCUCUUUUAUCCCUCUUGCUCUGCCUUGCCGCCAUGGACCUAGCCUUGGGCAAGAACAUCGAAUAUGUCUCUCCGUUCCCUGCGCUUGUUGCCAUACUCGUAGUCCCGUUCUUCACAGCUGUGGCUGCUGCUCAGCAGGGCAAGUUUGGGGAAUGGUGGCGUUACCAAGAGACGUGGGUCCCCCCAAAGCAAGAUGACGCAGGUCAAGCGUCAAAGAACGGGCCAGAUCCAGAACCGCAGGAUAUCUCGUCUGGCGUCGCGUAUGAGGAUGAGCCUCAAUUGUGACUUGUCAAUGUGUAUUGGCAAGUGAACACUCUACAUGUAUAUAUAUACCGGUUUCAGAUCAUGCGCUAUGUGCAAGCGCCCGGGACUGAGCAAAUCGAAUGGGUUCAUGGUUUUCGCCGCCGGUAUGAACGGCUCUCGUCAUCUUCGUGGCUGCUGCCUGCUUUGACGAGGACUGCGGUGCCGAGCUGGAGGGCCUGCCUACGAUAGGGUACUGCAAAUUGCCAAGGCGAGCUGGGAGUAGAUUAUAAGUAGAUGUAGGCGCACCUGAUAGGUGUGUUGCAAUUGUGUAUGAAAGCAGCCAGGAGGAGAUGUUAAGCACGGCAGUGCGUUUUCGUA